AGCUGUUCGCUAUCACAGAAGCCUGUGAGAGAAAAGGAGUGGUGAUUAGGUUUGUCUUUGCUUAAAAAUUACGUUUUUUAUAUGGUUCUCGUGUAUUUUGCGUCUCGUGUGCGUUAUGUGUGCUUCAUAAAGUUGUUCUGCGUGUGGUAUAUCGUUGGCAGCUCCGAAAAACAUCGCUAAACAGUGUAAUUAACGAUGUAAACGUUAGUUAUGACGUUUACUACAGUGGUUUAUAUGUGUGCGUGCGUGAGUGACAGCAUUGCCGACGGCCGUUGGAGCGAGUCUUAACGGAAUAGCUACCUACUGGAUGUGAAUGCUGUUUUCGAUGGAUGUGGAUUUGCCGCUCUUCGUUCUAAAUGCGGCGGUCGCCGCGCAAAGCCACAUUAAACUGUGAAAAACAUCACACGGGACAAGAUGGCGACGGAGAUUUCGCGCCAAAUCGCGCGUCUCCCUUGGCAACGCCAUCUGUCAGCGGCGAGCGAUAACUUCCGCGCUUUGAAUCACUCGGACCGUUCUAAAUAGUCAUUUGUGUGUAAACUGUGUUCGCGUCGUGAUGUGAUAUUGUUUGGUGUAGUGUUGUGUUGUGUUGUGUACGAUGUCGGAGGAGAGGUCGCGGCGGCUGUCGCAGAUAUUCGACCCGCUGUCGAGGUUCACGGACCACAGCGGCGCGGGCCACUCGGCCAGCACGCCCAACAGCCCCCGACUGCUGCCGAGGAGGUCGCGGGAUCCACCACCGCCGCCGCCUAGGCCGAUAGCUCAUUCAUCACGCCUUGACCCGUUGGAGUAUGAGCUGGUAUCGGCCGAGCUCGGCUCCGUCAAUUGGCAGGAGCGGUGCCUCGAGCUGCAGCUGGAGUUGCACAGGAGUCGCCAUCAGGCCACAAGAGUCAGGGACAUGUUGAGAGAUAAGCUCACGGAGCUGGAGCAGCGAGUCCUGGAAGCCGAGGGCAGGGCCGAGGAGGCGGAAGACAAGGUCCGCGCCAUGGAGCAGCGGCUUUGCGAGUGGCCGGCGGGCGCUGACGGCGCUCCCAAAGCUAUCUCGCGGCUAGAGGGCCAGAUAGAAGAACAGAAACAUCUAAGACUCCAGGACGCGAAGCAGGUGGAAGCCAAGGCCGCCCGCAUUAAAGAGUGGGUGACCAACAAGCUUCGGGAACUUGAGCAGCAGAAUCAACUGCUGAGAGAGCAGAACGACCGUUGCAAUCAGCAGCUUGAACUACUGAGAAACCACAUAGCUGCGCAGGGCAGCAGGAAUUGUACUUUCCUACCGACUCGUGCGAGUCUCUCCCUUGAAGUGAGGACAGAUGACGGCCCCUCUCGGACCACCACAAGCUUGAUAGCGACCAACAGGCGUCGCUCAGAGAGUCUCGAGGGGCCCCAGUUGCCGAUAAAUUCGUCGGAGCCGCACUACAGUACGCCGGUGCGGCACAGGCGCAACCUGUCGAUCGGCACUACCAACCUAGCGAACAGCGGUGCCAACACGGCCGCGUUGAACACAAUGAAUCGCACCAUGGACGAGAGGACUACAGCCAGCUUGUUGGCUGAUGAUUUGGCUACCGCUGUAGAGAACUUAGUGGUGUUACCGACCACGCCAAACACAUCUACAGAUGGUGACACCACACACGACUACGCGGAGAUUUACACGCCCAGUAGAGAGCGUACGCCAGCAUGGCAGCCGCCGGGCGCGGGCGGCGCGGGGGUGGGCGGGGGCGCGUGCGUGGUGGUGCAGGGCGCGUCGCGCGGCGGCUCGUCGGCGGACUCGUGCGCGUCCGACGCGCCGCGCCCGCCCACGCCGCCGCUGCACCGCUUCCCCAGCUGGGAGGCCAAGAUAUACCAGGUGGCAGACGACGGGUUGCAGCAGUCAGUGGAGGAGGAGCUGAGUCCGCCGCCGUGCCCGCGGCCCAUGCACGAGUCCACCAGCUACCAAGACAUAUCCGUGCCCGUCUACGCCACUGUUAAAGGGCGUGCAAGUCAGAUAAGGUCGAUGCCGUUCACGGGAGAUUCGUCGGACGACUCGUCCGACGGCGAGGAGUCCAUGGGCGUGACUGUACACAACACGCCGCACCAUCAGCUCGUCGCUAAUACGUCCUAUGGCGGCCAGACCUCUCAAAUACCGAUCAACAACGUGAACCUGACGAGCGCGCUGCCGCCCUCCAUCCAGCAAACCAACCACGCGCUCGUCCUCACCAGCAGCGCCAACGGCCAGUGCAGCUCCUCCGACACCAGCCUCAGCGCCAGCAGCCCCUCCAAGAGCGUCAAGACCAGCUCCAGCCUCAGCCCCGCCAAGAGGUCCAGCAGCGGCUCGCCCAGCAAACAGAGCAAGACUAGAGACACGUCGUUCGAGUCGGGCAUGUCUGACGACUACGCGAUCCCGCCGGACGCUGUGUCGUGCGAGAGCUCUGCGUGUGCGUCGGCGCGGGGAGCGGGGCCCGGCGCGGGGCCGGGGGGCGCGGGGCCCGGCGGGGCGGGGGGCCCACAGGCGGACUCGCCGCGCAAGACUGACGCCCUGGAGAAGAGCGGACACCUGGCCAAGCUGGGCGGCAAGCUCAAGACUUGGAGGAAGAGAUGGUUUGUCCUCAAAAACGGCACGCUGUCCUACUGGAAGUCUCAGUCGGAAGUGAACCGCAAACCACAAGGCCAGAUCGGUCUCGGCGAGGCGUGCAAGAUAUCGCGGAACGAAGGUGCGGCCACCUUCGAGAUAUUCACCGGGAGUCGAACCUACUACUUGACAGCUGACAGCAUCGCUACUAUGGAAGAUUGGAUACGGGUUUUACAGAACGUUCAAAGGCGUAACGCUACCAAACUUCUGCUGAGCAAAGAGGACAACAAGCCCACGAUCCAGGGCUGGCUGACGAAGGUCAAAAACGGACACGCCAAGAAGAGCUGGUGCGUGCUGAUCGGCAAAAUGUUCUUGUACUUCAAGUCGCCAGGAGACCAAAACCCAACUGGUCAGAUUAACAUGCGAGACGCACGCGUAGAAGACGUCGAGCACGUAUCAGAUUCUGAUUCUGAAGAGAAAAACGACGACGCCCGCAACCACCUCACCGUCGCCAUCUACCCGCAGCACCAGGUAACUGGGGGGCCCACGUACCUUUUGUUUGAGUGCAAAGCCGACAAGGACUCGUGGUUGUACCAUCUGACGGUGGUCAGCGGUGGCGGCUUAAGCCAGGGGACGCACUUCGAACAACUCAUACAGAAGCUGAUGGAGACUGACGGAGAUCCUAAUUGUGUGUUGUGGAGGCAUCCAAACUUAUUGUAUUCGAAAGAGAACCUCACGUCGCCGCUUACUUCGCUCAAUUCUGAAGCGCUACAAGCGGAAGCACUUAAGUUGUUCAAGUGCGUGCAGCUGUUCAUGUCGGUGUGCGUGGAGCAGGCGGGCAUCGACUACCACGUGGUGCUGGCGCAGAACGCGCUGCAGCAGUGCCUGGAGGUGCACGAGCUGCAGGACGAGCUGUGCGCCGCGCUGGCGCGCCAGACCGCGCCGCACACGCACACCAAGCACGCCGUGCAGGUACCGCCCGCCGCCACGCCGCGCCGCCUGCGCCUUAGGCCCGCCAAGCUUACCUCUCAACUGCUACUGUGCGCGACACAGUCGCUGUUCACUUGCGACACGGGCGCGUCGUCCGUCGGCGCCGACAACAAGAGCGACGCGCCCGCGCACCACGCCGGCUCGCCCAGCUCCGUGCAGGCUCCAUUAUUAGUGGAUUGUAAAAGCAACCCGCCCACGUACAGUUUCGUCCAAGGCUGGCAACUCUUGGCACUGGCCGUGAGCCUCUUUGUGCCCCGAAACAAUAGACUUUUGUGGUACCUGAAACUACAUCUGAGCAGGCAUUCAGAUUCAAAAACGGAAUGCGGUAAAUACGCGGCGUACUGUUCGCGCGCGUUAGAGCGCACUAUACGCAACGGCGGUCGCGAGGACAAACCCUCUCGCAUGGAGGUGCUGUCCAUACUGCUCAAGAACCCCUACCACCACUGCCUACCCCACGCGAUACCUGUUCACAUGCUUAAUAAUACUUAUCAGGUUAUAAGCUUUGAUGGAUCGACGACGGUAGAAGAGUUUUUGGCGACCCUGAGCACGGAGCUGGGAUGCAGGGACGCGGCCUCAUCAGGAUUCGCACUAUUCAGCGAUGACCCCAUAGAGAAAGAUUUGGAACAUCACAUCAAACCUGAUAAGAAGUUAUGUGACGUGAUAUCGAAAUGGGAGACGGCGCUCAGAGAGAAAGGUUCUGGCAAGUUUGAAAAUUCCAGAGUUAUUCGAUUGACGUAUAGAAACAGAAUGUAUUUUAAGAAUUCAGUAAGAACAGAAACGGACAAAGAAAGAUUGUUGCUAUGUUACCAAGUUAAUCAACAAGUGGUGGCGGGGCGGUUCCCGGUGUCGCGCGGGCUGGCGGCGGAGCUGGGCGCGCUGAUGGCGCAGCUGGAGCUGGGCGACGGCGCCAGCCACGCGCACCUCGCGCCGCCCGGCGCGCUGGCGCACCGCUUCUACCCCUACCGCUACCGCGCCGCGCUCACGCCCGACCAGCUCAGAGAAUUAGAAGAAAAACUGCGAGCAAAAUGGGCGGCACUGAAGGGGAGAAGCACGGCGGACUGCGUGCGGAUAUACCUCAACUGCACAAGAAAGUGGCCCUUCUUCGGGGCGACGCUAUUUCAAGCUAGGAUAAAACAGCCGGAUUUGUCUAUGGUGUGGCUGGCUGUAUCGGAAGAAGGCGUGACGGUGCUAGAGCUCGCGUCUAUGGCCGUCAUCGGACGGUACGCGCUCAACUCUAUUGGACUCUUUGGAGGAUUACAGGAUGAUCUGAUGAUGUUAAUUGAUGGAGAAGACGCGACGAGCCCAGUUCACAAGAUGUUGAUCAGUCUCAAUAAACCAAAAAUGGCAGAGCUGACGCAUCUAAUAGCCGACUACAAGAACGCCGUCCUGCGCACGGGCACGGGCACCCCGCAGAUGAACUCUCUGACCCGCAACGGAUCCCACCGCUCCAUCCGCAAGCCGACCUCCACGCUGCCCCACUCCAGCCCGUCCACGUUACCCCACACGCACCAGCUGAGUCAAUCCCACCACACCCACCACACAACCGGGCAUAACACUUUAAACUCGCACGCGACGACGAUGACCUUGGGGUCGGAUCGGAACGCGACCUUGACCCUUAGCUCGCACACGUCAACCUUCAACCAGCAUGUGGAAGCCCGCGUGCUGUCCCACGGCCAGCCGGACAUAUUAAAGUCGACCCCAGACCACCACAGGAGCGAGAAGAAGCGAAGUCACACACAGGACAGUGGCGUCGCGUGAUUCAAUUAGUGGUGACGCUGUGGACAUUUAGUGUAGUGGACUGAGUACGAUGUAACUGUUUUAUACAUGCUUGUAUCUCUGUGUCGCGGGUAGGUAGAAAUCUUUCAAUUCAUUUUUUAAUAUGAUUGUUAGAAUGUUUUCUGCGUAAGUGCAGGCUUCCGACAUAUUUGGGAAGUUAUAUUCAUGUUGGUACGCAGAUGUGUGUGUCAUUAGACUGAAUCUGAAAUAAUAUGUGAAUUUUCAAGCUAAGCCAUACCUAGUGGCGUUGAUUUCAGGAUUAUAAUAAUUAUUUAUUUUAGAUCCUCGUAAAUUCUUGUUAUUUAAAAAAGAAAACUUCUUCUUCAUGGUGCUCAAAAUGUGCUAUUUUUAUCGAAAUAUACUGGCAUAUUUAAAACAGUUAUGUUCUGUGCAUUUUAUAUGAGAAAUUAAUUUUGGACAUUUCUUGCCGGAUAAAAUGCAUCGAUAUUCGAAUUUAGCUAAAAUGAAUUUUGUCAAUUUUACGUCAAGGAUAUUUUGAUAAUUUCCUAGAAAUCAUAAAAAAUUACAGAAACAUUCAAUUUAAUAUCUCUUAUGAGAUGCACUUGUACUCGAAUGUACCAGCAUUCCACCAAAAACGUUAAUUCAUAAACGAAAUAAUUCAAAUAUACCUCAUAUUUUGUAGUGUCGAUCGAUUCAGCCUUAAGUUUAUCGGCUUCUAAUAGUUUAUACGGUUAGUUAUUAGUUUUAUUUUGUCGAAGUUAACGGAGCGGAGUAUGUUAUAGUCUGUACAUUGUGUGCAUGGAAGAGAGUGUUUGUAGCUACUAAAUAUACUGUUAUGUAAAUUGGAACAACUGUAUUGGAAAUGGAAUAAUUAUAUAUAAUAGUGACUACUUCCAAGGUGACUUAAUUCGUUAUAUAAUUGAACGGAACGUAUAUAACAGGUUGCAACAAAUAUGUUUAAUUUUGACAUAAAUAUUUUAUAUAUUGCACAAAAAAUAUCGACUAGCAGUUAUCCAAUUUAUAAUGACAGAUAUACUAAAAACAUGUGCAGAGUUUAAUAAAUUCAGAAACACUAAUAGUUAACUUAAAAAGGUGCUUUUCGUGUAACUCCAAUGUUACUUUGUGUAUUUAAAUCUCAAAUAUAGUAAACAGCCGUUUAUGUAUACAUUCAAUAUAAAUUUUACAAACUCUGUACAUGAAUUAGUUCAUAAUGUAGCAUGUGUAAAGUAUCGAGUCGCCCAAGUAUUAACUGUUUUCACAAGUGCUAUUAGACCGUGACAUGGCGUGUGUUUUCAAGUCACGUCUCGUGACAAUAUGUCACAAACUUGUAACGUGUCACUUAUGUGAUACAAUUUAAUAUUCCGAAUAUGCCAACACUAAACUCUGCCAAUUAGAAGACUUCUAAAAAGACAGGGUCGUGGAAACGUCGUUAUGUUCUCCACUAGCAAGUGAAAUUCAAAUGGAGGUUAAAAUCUCAACUUUCCAAUUGGUACAUUCCUUAUAAAAUCGUCAACAUCGAAUAAAUUAUCUAAACAUCACAUAUUCAACAAUCACAAUUGGAAGGCGCGAAACUAUGGACUGAUGUUUGUAACAUUAAGAUCUUCAACGAAUAUAAGACCAUUAUUAUAUAUCGUGUAGUCGAAUAUAAUUAAAUCUUUGAAAAAUUGUUGAUAUUGUAAUGUAUGAUUCAAUCGAAUGCUAUUGUAUGUUCAUUAAAGGCUCAUCUCAUUCUAAGUAGGCCUAAUGCGGUUGUUAACUAUAAUGUUAAUCAUUCAAUAUUUGUCGAUAAAUGAAAUGUCGAUAGAAUAACUAAGUUACAAAAAUAGUUGUCGACUAAUUCAAAAAGACUUACAUUAAAAAGACCACGUAUGUCGAUAUACAAAAUUCUUUACAUUGAAAAGACAUUUUGUCGAUAUUUGUAGCGUCGUUAACUGACUAUGAAUUCUAAAACUUUAAAUGUUGAUUCGUGAUAUUUCAAGUAAUUAGGCAGAGGUUGCGCUUUUUAUACGAGGUAGUGUAGACACGCCGCCGCGCCGAUACAAUAUGCGAUGUCGAUAGAAAUCGAUUUUAUUACGAUACCCGGUUGUAUGAAGGAUUUUUCAUCGACUAUAGGUAGUUACAUUUUGUGGGCAUUUUUACUUGUACUGUAAAACUGUACAUAGGAAAUAUUUUGUAUAUUUUUGCCUUUAUUGUUUUAAGGGUUUCCGUGGUAAUCGAUGAUAGCCAGUUGUAUAUCCUAAUUAGUGAAUAGUAUAACGCUGUUAGAAGUAAACGCGUCACAUUAGACAUACGUUCGUCCGCUAUAAGUUAUUUUUUAUUAUGAAUAUUAAUUUCUAGUCGUAGUCACAUCACGGGAUCCCGAGCCGAACUAUCGAAUAUAAUUUUUAUACUCUUAGCUUUGAUAGAUAUAUUUCUACGGAUUUUAUAAGUAACAAUAUAUAACAAAGAUUACGUUACCAGCUUGAUGUGUGUUGCUUUUUUGCACAUUUCAUACAAUAAAGAAGGAUCGGUCGCGUACGUAUUGUAGAUAGACGUGUAUAUAAUUUCGAUGUAAUCUUGGCCAAAGAUUUUUAUCGAUAUUUUGUAAAUAUCGAUGUUUGUCGACGUCGAUAGUUUUGUCGAGAAUGCUACUUUAUAGCGCUAAGUAAUUUAUUUUCAUUCUUUAGACUAUUUAUAUAUUUAGUCUUCAUUGUAUUGUGAAAGUAUUGAAUUCUCAUUCAAUAUCGAUAUUUAAAUAUUAUGCAUAAUACGAAUUAUAUAUUUGGUCCAAGACCUUCAGACGGUAACAUCAUAUACUCUGUCUAUGUAUAUUUUCUCACAUAAGAUCUGAUUGUAAGUUAUUAAUAUUAGAUGUAGUAUAUAAGUUUAUAUUAAUUAACGCAGUACUUGGUUUACGUUGGCAACAAUUCAGUCGACAUUACAUUUAAUGCUAUCGUCUCAAAUGUAUAUUUUUUAUAUUUCUGUAACCUUCUUUAUUGUAUGUAUAACACAUGCCACAACUGGCUUAUUGUAAACUACAAAUAAAACGGCAACUAAUAGUGGUAGUGUAAUAUAGAUUAGUGGCUAAUCGUUCAUCAAAUAUUAUGAAUCAUGUAAUGUUUCGACCAAUACGCUUCCGUGGCCAAAGCGCCGCGGCGACUGCACCUUGGUCAGUAUCGAUCUUUGUACUUAUAAAAAAAAGGUUGAUAAUGAAAGUAACCGCUUUUUAAAAGGGUUUUGUAAUUUCAGUUGUGUUUAGGCAAGUUUUAUAAAUAAAAAUGUCGGUAAAAAUAUCUGAUAAUUUCCUAAUAAUAGUUGUAAAAGCAAUAAAUGAAAACAAAACUAACAGCCAGCGUACAUUGGAAUUUUCAAGAUAGUUUAAGGAAAAAUUUGUUCCAAAAUGAAAUUAUUUGCUUCAUGAAUUACAAAGGUCGAUACUGAACGUGGUGUGGCAGUCAGCUCUUUAGUUAUCAAACAUCUCAAUUGCACAUUUUUGCAUAACACUUAACUGUUGAUAAUUGUACGUAUAGACUAUUUAAUGUAUAUUUUACAGUUUAGAAAUGAUGAAUUUUAUUUUCUGAAUCUUCUAUUGGAUUAAGUUGUGAGUUAAACUUAAUUUAUUAUUUAUUUUCGUUGUGUAAUCGUUUGUUCAAUUGAUUGUAUAAAUUAGCUUUGGAUUAAGUUAAUAUCGGCCUAGCUCGAAGAAUAAUCAGUGGUUGGGGCCUAAAGUUAACAUUGCAUUUACGCGAUUUACAUUAUUUUUGUUUGACGAUGCGGAAAUAAACUUGUAUUACUGAU